AUGAGUGUCUGGAAAAUUAUCUGUCUAAGUGUGUUGGCACAUUUCUGCUUAGCUGAAGGCAACAGACACAAAAGAAGUGCUAACGCUAAUUGUGAGCCCCGAUUCACAGUGAUAGAGAAUCACAGCGCAUGUCUAAACAGAUCCGAUCAGGCUGGGGCCAGCGGUGUGUCAGAGAUGGAGAAGAGAGAAAUCGUGGAUGCACACAAUUUACUGAGGUCCCAGGUCGAUCCUCCUGCUAGAGAUAUGAUGAAAAUGAGCUGGGAUGACGAUGUUGCAUUAGUUGCACAGAAAUGGGCAGAAAACUGUGUGUUCAGUCAUGACGGGAAUUAUCAACGAUAUAUUCCAGGGCGAUUUGCCUCUGGACAGAAUUUGGCUUGGGGAGGGGGCAGAUUGACGUGGAAUGCCACUGUCUACCUGUGGCACAGCGAGGUGUCAAAGUUCAUAUUUGGGGGACCUAAUACUGAGGAAAUCGGGCACUACACACAGGUGGUAUGGUCGUCUUCCAUCAAAGUGGGCUGUGGAUACGCCUACUGUCAGACAAACGCUUUACAUUACUAUGUCUGUAACUACUCCCCACCAGGCAACAGCGAUCAAAACCUUCCGUAUAAAAAUGGUACCAGCUGUGGCGACUGUCCAACUCGAUGUGAAAACAAUCUUUGUGAUUGUGGGGGUAUCGUUUGUGAAAAUGAUGGCGUUUUGGACCUAUACACAUGUACCUGUCAGUGUUCCUUAAACAGACCCUAUUAUGUUGGCAGCAAUUGUGCAAUGAACUGCUCUCUGCUUACCCCCGACACCUCCUGGUGUACAAAUUCACUCACCACCGCUUCGUGUGCCCAAUUUAGUAACGUCCCGUAUCAUUGUCCAAAUCUUUGUGGCAUCUGCAAUUAUACUUCAAAUUCUGUUGCUGAAAUAACAUCGAAUCCCCCUUUGUCUUCCUCAUCCGUCUUUGAAUCGACUACCACUGGGUCUAUGACGUCAUCACAAACAACCACGAGACAGAUCAACGUAAGGCGGACAACAGCGGCCCCAAAUAUUAAUAAUGGAGCCAGUAAAAUGAUACCAUUCAGUGUCUCUGGGAUUUUUGGACUUUUGCUACAGUUCCUGGUUGUGAGUUAAAAAAAAAAUUAUAAGCAGAUCAGCUGUUUACUUGAUCUGGAAAAAUGAAUAAAAUGUACAUCAACAGGUCAUGAACUGAACACAGGUGGCAGUAAAAGGAG